AAAGUUUUUUACGCGUACUUGAAAAAACACUUGAAAAAACUCAUUGAAAGAAUGAAGCAAUUUUUUGGAUCGCUAUUUGGUAGUAAUAACAACCGAUCGGACCAGAAUGAAGAUUUGAAUCAGGUGGUUAGUGAUCAGUCUUCUCCUUCAUCAUCAGAAACAUCGAUAAUAUCCUCACCAUCACUGAAUAAUUCAACUUUAUCAAAUAAUAAUAGAAAGAAGCAAAAGGAAAGAAAUCCAGCAACCAAGAGACAAUUACCAUCAGCCUCGUCAGGCAAUUCUAUCAAGAGAGCCAAGAUAUUUACUUCAGGAUCUAAUGAUAGUGCACAAUUAGGUUUUGAUAGGAAUGAUGUUAGUUCAAUGGAAGAAUGGAAGGAAGUUACACAAAUUAAAGGACUUUCUGAUAAUGAAAGUGAAGAAAUUCUUAGUCGAGUGAAUAUUAUUGCUUGCGGAAGAUCUCACUCAUUGAUUGCUACGAGUGAUGCUAAAGUAUUUGGCUGUGGAAAGAAUAAUUAUAAUCAGUUACAAACUGAACCCUCUGAAUAUGUAGAGCUAUUUUCACCAUUGAAUGAUUAUUUAACAUCUGCCAUGUCUAAUGCAUUGCCUUCUAUCAUUAGAACUCGUAAUUGGAGUGAAAAGCAAGAAAGUUUUAUCAGACAACAUUUUAGUAAUAUUCAAACUGUUGAUUUUGUUGCCUGUGGUUGGUUCCAUACCAUUAUUGUUGUGAAUAGGAAUAUUAUUUUGGGAGCUGGUCACUCUUAUUUCAAACAAUUGUUUGGAGCAGAUUUCAAUCCUCAAUAUCAAGUUUUGAAUGAUUCUUUUGACAUUUUUAAAUCGGGUAAUCAUGAUGAAAAUCCAUACGAAACCUAUAGAGUGACAGACUUGACUUGUGGUACAUUUUCAAGUGCAUUGGUCUUUAACAGAUUUUUGAUUUAUAGUUGUGGUGAAACUGCAUGGAAAGUAACUGCUGGAACUACACACCGAGUUCCAAAUCUAGAUGCAUUGAAAUAUCCUAUUGUAAAAAUUGGACAAACUGAUAAUGGAGUCUAUGCUCAAUUGGAAGACAAUUCUCUCCAUUUCAUUGGAAAGGAACGAAAUGAAUUUGAUUUGAUUGAAAGAAACGUAAGAGCAUUUGCUGGUGGUCACAUGUCAAACAGCUCUCACUGGAUCAAUAGCUCAUCUCCUCUUGAAAAACCAGUCAUUACAAGUAAUGAAAAAAAACAACAGGAUUUAUUCAGUAGCUAUUGCGAUUUGGGCUCGAUGGACAUUAAACUCUUUGGCGGAUACUAUUGCUCUUUUGGUACAAUCAAUAAGAAGACUCUAUUCACACAAGGUGGUAAAUAUUCGGGUGUUUCAAAGGAAAUUCUGCCAUUUCAAUCUCCAUACGUCUCUGUUAUUUCACCAUCUUCUCUUUCUGCAACCAAUAAGAUGUUGGAUAGAAAAUUGGCCGAGUUAUUAUUCAAAGAAAAAUACGAUAUUUUGGAUGUGCAAUCUGGAUGUGAUGUAAAUAUGCUUCUGAUAGCAGAAUUCCGUGGCUCAGCAGACAAUUUCAAACAAAAAUUAUUGAAUCAAUCUGUAGAUGAUAAUUUACACAAGUUCUCUGACAUGUCAUUCCACUUUUAAUUGAGAUUAUUGAAAUAAAUAAUUAUUUUAAG